AUGAGACACACCCCGCUGAUGUGCUCCGGCCACACGCGGCCUGUGGUGGAUUUGGCCUUCAGCGGCAUCACCCCCUACGGGUACUUCCUCAUCAGCGCUUGCAAGGAUGGGAAACCUAUGCUUUGCCAGGGUGACACAGGAGAUUGGAUUGGAACAUUUCUGGGUCACAAAGGAGCUUUCUGGGGUGCCACUUUGAAUAAAGAUGCCACUAAAGCUGCUACAGCAGCUGCAGAUUUCACUGCCCAAGUGUGGGAUGGUGUUUCAGGAGAUGAAAUAAUCACCUUUGCCCACAAGCACUUUGUCAAAUCUGUGGACUUUACUCAGGACAGCAAUUACCUGCUGACAGGUGGGCAAGGUAAACUGUUGCGUAUCUAUGACUUAAGCAAGCCAGAGGCAGACCCUCAAAUCGUCAUCGGCCACACGUCUGGGAUUAAAAAGGCUCUGUGGAGCAGUGAUGACAGACGGAUCCUUUCAGCAGAUGACAAAACUGUCAGACUCUACAGAAAUACAUUUACAGAAGUGAAGGCAAUAAAUGUUGCUAUGUCUGUCAGCAGUAUGGAAUAUAUUCCAGAAGGGGAGAUAAUAAUAAUCACAUAUGGAAAAACAAUCGCGUUCCACAGUGCAGAAACUCUGGAACAGAUUAAAUCCUUUGAGGCUCCUGCAACACUUAAUUCUACAUCCCUUCACCCUGAGAAAGAAUGUCUAGUUGCGGGUGGCGAGGACUUUAAACUUUAUAAGUAUAAUUAUAAUACUGGUGAACAACUAGAAUCUUACAAGGGGCACUUCAGGUCUAUUCACUGCGUCAGAUUUAGCCCAGACAGAGAGUUGUAUUCUAGUGGCUCUGAGGAUGGAACACUAAGACUGUGGCAGACAACAGUCAGGAAAACAUAUGGUCUCUGGAAAUGUGUGAUCCAUGAAGAAGGUGUAGAGCUGGGAAAAUCAAAGGCCAACCUUCCAGGAACUGCAGAGGAAGACCUAGAAGACCUUGACUCUGAAAACUCAGAAUCCAUCUACAGCACAACUCCUGCAGUUAAGCCUUAAGUUCACAGCUGUCAAU